UUUUUUGGACUUGUCUAGAGAGAGAAAGGGACAGGAGGCAGAGGGAGGGAGAGCGGCGAGCGCUGAAACUGCCUUGCCUACUGCCCACUGCCCACCCCCCACUUCUUCUUCCACCUCCUCCUCCUCCUCACCUGCCCCCCCUCGUUGGCGCGGAGGGAGGGAGAACCUUUCGUCGCUAUCGUUGUCUGUGGAUGGAGUGCUAGCUGCUCCGAAUCCUGGAUCCAAUCCGUGGCCCUCGGAGAGCGGGGAUGGAUUUCGACGGCGCCAUUGGUGAUCAGGGAGAGAUUUGGGGAUGGCAAAGUCAGGAGUAUUGUCUGCAGAAAGAUCUGUUAGCUGAUCCCUGCAGCAGUUUGUGGGCUGAAGCAAGCAACAGUGUGGGUGAUGAUUGGAGCAUGUUUGAUGAGCAAACUCCAAUUAAACAUUGUACAGACUUUGAAUUUCAGUUCUGUGAUAUAGGAGAUAUCAUCGUCAAGGACUUUGAAGAAGGGAAGGAAACUUUACAGGCUAAACGCAGACGCAUGCUGCAGUUCUGUCCUGAAAAUAUUGAGAUGACCUGUCCUAUUACUGAUGGUGGGCUUUCAGAAAGUCUGCAAGUGAUGGAUUUUCAAGGUGCCAACUGUUUAUUGAACUCUGACGGGACAGAUGAACUGCCAGAAGAAUGGUUAGUUAAUUGCUCACAAGAUAGCGAGCCUCAUCUCCCAGCUGAAGAAAUGACUAGCCCUGCUACUGCUGUGGAAAAAGUCAACGAUAUCUCUGUGCAUCAGAAUUCUUUGCCUUGUGAACAAGCUAUCAUAGUUCGCAACAACCCUGCUCAAGCUGGACCUACACCUCUGAAAGCUGGAAGAAAUAUCAUCAGAGCAAAGAAGGUGAGAACGUCAGUGGCCUUCCCUUUCGAGCUUAUCAAGCCAUGCAGUAUCAAUGGCCACAUCACGCUGAAUGACAUAAACGAGAAGAUCCACGCCCCGCCGCCAUACAAGAUCAAGCACAAGAACGACGAGGAACCAAACUCGCACCAAGCUUCGGCUAUCUCUGGGAAACCCGUGGUCCACAAGACGAAGAUCCACACUGAGGGGGGGAAGGGAAGCAUCACGAUCACCAGAACCAUAGGCUAAGCUGACCAUUGCGAUGCACGGUGCCCAGUAGGAGAUUUGAUUUUGCAUUUCUGGCGCUCUGGGUUUGCCCCCAAUUGGUCUGUGGCCGAAGAAAUGCAUACCCUUAGCCUUAGUAGAGUGAUUGUAACAUUUCCCCCCUUGGGGAGCAUUUGCCCGUGCUUGCUGUUUCUUUUUAUGGGAUAGGUAUUAGAUAGAGCGUGUGUGUACGCAUGUACUAGGGGUGUCGCAAGUGUGCUUGUUUUUCUGUUGUUCAAAGGCUAAAUAGUUGGUUGUAACCUGAUAAGUAUGGACAUAUUGGUUUGGUGAUAUUAUAUAAAAUCUGCCAGAUGUGAGCCUGACAGACUGAACUUCCUUUC